AUGGCUUUGACAAUCUCCAGAGUCUCCUUCGAACACCAUCGGACAGCUCUCGGAAUUGCCGAGACCAAACCCCGGAUCUCUUGGCGCUUCGAGGGUGACGUCCCCGAUUGGGAACAAAGCUCUUAUGAGAUCGAAGUCACUCGGAUUGCGAAUAAAAAGUCUAAUUCUUUCUCUUUCAACUCAUCACAAUCCCUCUACGUGCCUUGGCCGGACACUCCGCUUGAUGAAGCCGAGGCUGUAUCAGUGAGAGUCCGAGCGCAUGGCCUUUCUGACCAAAACCAACCUUCAACACCAUGGUCCGACUGGGUGUCUGCCGAGACAGGCCUUUUGAGCAAGAGUUGGGAGGGUGUUAGCCCCAUCGCUUCAACUAUUAAGAUCAAUGCUAGUGAACCCAAGAGGCCCGUGUACUUUAGGAAAGGAUUCGAAGUUCCUGAUGAUAUCGAGUCGGCAAGACUUUACAUCACUGCCCUGGGAAUCUACGAGGCUGAGAUCAAUGGCAAACAAGUUGGAGACCAUGUCUUAGCACCGGGAUGGCAAUCGUAUCAUCACCGUCAUGUGUACGAUACGUAUGAUGUGACUGACCUCCUCAAACCUGGUCCCAACGCCAUUGGUGCUCUGGUCGGUGAAGGCUGGUAUGCUGGCCGUCUAGGAUUUGGGGGUGGCGUGCGUAAUAUUUAUGGCAACUCGACUGGACUUUUGGCACAGCUCAGGGUCAAGUUGAACAACGGUACAUCAAUCAGAAUCGACACAGAUACCACUUGGAAGUCGAGCUUUGGGCCAGUAGUUUCUGGAGAGAUCUACGACGGAGAGAAAUAUGAUGCCACUCUAGAGUCCGAUAUGGAAGGCUGGUCGGCCUCAGACUUUGACAGCUCUUCCUGGCACGACACUCGUCUUUUGCCAGCUAUUGAAGGAAAGCUUGUACCUCCAGAUCAACCACCAGUGCGAGGCAUUGAAGAGGUCAAACCACAAAAGUUCUUCAAGUCACCAAAGGGCAAGCAACUUGUUGAUUUUGGCCAGAACUUAGUCGGCUGGCUCCGGUUGAAAGUCGACGGUCCUUCAAACACGACCAUCACAUUGCAUCACGCCGAAGUUUUGGAAAACGGCGAGUUGGCAAUCCGCCCCCUGCGAAAAGCCAAGGCUGAGGAUACCAUCAAACUGAGCGGGAACGGUCCUCUCCAAUGGGAACCAAAGUUUACCUUCCAUGGCUUCCGCUAUGCACAGAUUGACGGAUGGCCCGAGGAUACGCCUUUGGAUGAACAGAGCGUGACUGCAAUUGUCAUUCACACGGACAUGGAAGAAACCGGCUACUUUAACUGUUCUCAUGACCUUUUGAAUAAGUUCCAUUCGAAUGUUCGGUGGUCUAUGAAGGGCAAUUUCUUGACUAUUCCUACCGACUGCCCUCAGCGAGACGAGCGUCUUGGCUGGACUGGUGAUGCACAUGCCUUUGGUCCAACCUCGAACUAUUUGUACGACACAGCUUCGUUCUGGAAGAGCUGGCACAAAGAUGUCUGGUCUGAGAUGUCAUUGGACGACUCCAUGAUUCCUCCUUUCUUCGUCCCUACUCUUCCAACAGCUUUUGGGGAGAAGGCGAUGCCUGCUGCUGUUUGGGGUGACGUGGUCGUCGCCAGCCCCUGGAAUGUAUACGAGGCAUUCGGUGACAAGGGAUUAUUGGAGGAACAUCUACCCCAAGCUCAAGGCUGGAUCGACACCGGCAUCCCGCGAAGCGAAAACGGUCUCUGGAAUCGGAGUUCGUUCCAGUUCGGCGAUUGGCUCGACCCUCUCUCUCCUUCCGACGAUCCUGGAGGUGCAACAACUCACAAGGUCCUGGUCGCGGAUGCAUACCUGAUCAAGAUGACGGAAACUCUAUCACAGAUAGUUGAAGCCCUUGGGAAAGCGGAUAUAGCUGAGAAGUACAAGCUUCAACGUGCAGACCUUAAGCGCGAGUUCCAAAAUGCUUGGGCUCCUGGUGGAAAACUUGUGAAUAAGACACAAACUGCUUAUGCUCUCUCUCUCGGCUUCGAUCUGCUCGAGGAAGAGCAGCGAGAUGAAGCUGCUGCGACAUUGCGCGAGAUCGUGAAGGACAACGACUACCUCGUGGGGACAGGAUUUGCUGGGACAUCUCCACUCGGUUUCGCUCUCAAGGGCGUCAACGCGACAGAUGACUUUUACCGUAUGCUUCUGCAGGAAAAGGUGCCUUCUUGGUUGUACCAAGUCGUCAUGGGGGGAACCACGACAUGGGAAAGAUGGGACAGUCUUUUGCCAAACGGCACUAUCAACCCAGGUGAAAUGACCAGUUUCAAUCAUUACUCCUUUGGUUCAGUGGCGAACUGGAUGCAUCAAGUCAUUGGAGGUAUUGCACCUUUGGAGCCAGGGUACAAGAAGAUUGCUAUCGCGCCCAUUCCCGGGGAUAACAUCACUCACGCAAGUGCAAAGCUUGUAAGUGGAUAUGGAACUAUCGCGACGGACUGGACUGUGACGGACGCUGGGUUUCAUCUGAGGGUUAGGAUUCCACCCAACACUAAGGCCGAGAUCACGAUGCCAGGCACGGGGAAGAUUCUCAUUGGCAAAACACAGAUUCCAAUGGAAGGCACUUCAAGUGCAUUCCAAAGCGAUGGCGGCAAAGUGCCGGACGUGGAGGCACUUCGUUCGAUCGUUGAAGCUCAUCGGCCUGAUCGCAACGUCUACGCAGAAUUUUACCGAAAUGCCCAUCAAGAUCCCGAGAUCUCAGGAAUGGAGACAGCUACCACCCGCAUCGUAGCUCAGCAUCUUUCUAGGAUCGGGUAUCAGGUUCACACUGGUAUUGGUGGUCAUGGGGUGGUGGGAGUGCUCCGUAAUGGAGGAGGCAAAUCAAUCCUCACGAGAGCUGAAUUGGACGCUCUGCCCAUUCACGAACAAACAGAUUUACCCUAUCGAAGCAAGAAGCGUAUGAUUGAUCGAUACGACAACUAA